UAAUAAUCGUAUUCUACCUCACAAUGGAGUCUGCAGAAGAUACUUCCUCACCCGACCUCGACCGAAACGGGUCUUGUUGGGCUACAGCUAAAGUUGACCGCACAGCCGAGAAACGGAAAGAUAUUCGUAUCAUAUUCGGUUACGGCUCGAUAAUGUGGCGGCCAGCGCUUGACUAUGUCGAUUGUUUUCCCGCAAAAGCAAAAGGUUUCGUUCGACGUUUUUGGCAGUCCAGCGUUGAUCACCGAGGAACAGUUGCCUACCCUGGAAGAGUGGCGACACUACUGCGAUGCAAGGACUUGCCUGAAGUUAGUGGUGUUGCUCACCCUGAGGAGGGAGUGUGGGGUAUGGCUUACGUGUUGAAGGAAGACGGUUUAGAGAAAACCAUGGAAAUGCUGGAUAUCCGCGAGAAGAACGGUUACACUAGGACCGUCACGACACUAUACGAUGCCAAUGACAAUUCGAUCGGAGAAUGUUUUCUGUAUUACGGCUCGGUGAAUACUUCUGAAAAUCCGAUGUUCACUGGCGCUGAGACGAUAGAGUCGAUCGCGAGGCGAGUUCGGAGUGCAGUUGGACCUAGUGGGGCUAACGCUGAUUAUGUUUACCGACUGUGGAGGUGCUUGCAGUCGUUGGGCGUUAGGGAUGAUCACGUCAAUGCGUUAUACGACGCGAUAAAGGCCGCGUGACUCGGGUUCGAUCCUUGCACCUGCUGUUUUUACACAAUUUCUGUUGAGAAUUAUUUCUAACAGUAGUUUCUGCAU